AUGCGGCUGCUGUACGUUCUGAUAGCGGCUGCAGCCUCCCUUCUCGCCAACAUCGAAGCAACGACCUCUGCAGACAGUGCGAAGAUGAUCUCGGUGCAAGUGAGCAAGACAACCCGGAGGUUUCUAAGAAGUCCUAAACCCUACGAAAACAACGAGGAGGAAAGGGCUCCCACAAACAUCCUUACGCUAGUUGACGACGCCGCAAAAGCCCUUCCGUCUGCUGAUGAAGCCGCAAAAGUCCUCCCGACACUCGACGACUUGUUUAGGAUCCAGAAGAUGGAUGAAGCGCCGAAUACAAAGAAGGCGAUGGAGAUUGUCAAACCUCUUUUUGACAAAAUGUCCUCGUAUCCUAAGAUCAAGGAGGCCGCUCUCAAAGAAAUGGAAACGAACCAGAAUCUGAAGUCGUUAUGGAGUCAUUUUAUUCUGUCAAAAAGGGUAAACUUCGACGUCAAGGAGAUUUCUAAGCAACGCCCUAGCGCCAGCUAA